CCUUAUCCCAGGCCUGAAACUUGCUCACAAUUUGAGACCCAAGUUCCAGCUCAUCAUGGAAGUCAGACCUAUUGGGUGGAUAUGCGGCCAGGUGCUGAAGAACUUCUCCGGAAGACUUACCCAGGAGGUGGGCCAGUGUCCAAAGUCCUGUGAAUGUUAGGGGCUAUUUCUCCUAACUUCUCCUUUCCUUAGUUGAGGGGAUCCAGAAGGCAGUCAUGGACCUUAUAGAUGAGUUUAAAGAUGAUCUCCCUGCCAUCCUAAGAAUAUCACAGUCUAAUCAGAAAAAAGAUCCAGUGCAGAGAACAUCCAAAGUCAGAAUGGCUCUAGCUUUAGCUCGGAUCAACCGGGGAACAUUGAUUCAAGGAUUAACCAGCAUAUCCAGCUCUUCCAAAUCAGUGGCCAAACUCCUGCAGCCCCAGCUGGCAUGUAGACUCUUGGAGCUGAGACACAUCUCUCACCGGCUGCUGAGAGAGCUGAAUGCACCAAGCCAGCCCCUGUAUAGCACACAGGUCAGAAAGGGUUCUUUGUUUGAAAUAAUUUCUUUUCCAGCAAAAACUGCUUUAACUAGCAUAAUAUAUGCUUCCUACGCAGCACUAAUUUAUUUGGCAGUCUGUGUUAAUGCCGUGCUGGCAAAGAUAAAGAACAUUUUCCAAGAAGAAGAAUCCCUAAGGCAAAACAGAGAGAGUGAGAACUUCAGAAAAGCCUUUUCUGAGCCUGCGUUUCCACAGUCCAUGUUCUCUGAAGGUGAAAUCACAGCGAAACCCUACAGAUCACUGCCAGAGAAGCCAGACCACCUCGCAGCUCUCUCCAAGCCUCCUGCCAACAAGCAGAAUAACAAGAUCCAGGUUUUACAUUCUGUGUUUGACCAAUCAGCGGAACUGAAUGAAUGAGAAAUCCAGAGACAGAUACCAGGCUGGAGAGCUUAGCAGUCAUCUAUCCAUGGGAACAUCUCAUCAGAAAAAACCAGAAGACUAGUUUUCAUAUGCUGAAUGCUCUUUUUAAAGGGGCAGAGCAGGGAAAAUGAUGACAUCAUUCUCUUGUAUUUAUAUGGCAUAGAGAAUAAAAGGAAACGAUGUAAA